GUUUCCCGGGAGCCGGACCCUCAGCAUGAUCCUUCGCCAUGCUCCUCGCCUCCUCCUUCUUCAUCAUCGGGUGCGUGAUGGCUCGGCCUCCUCGCGAUCACCCGCUGUGCCGUGCCGUCAUGCGGACGGUUGGAGUGAAGGAAUCCCCUCGCAGUGAAGUGCUUUCGGUGGAACACCCCCGUCUCUCCUCCCUUCACGGGAUCCUUCCCGCCAUCAACUAUUCAGUGACGGUGAAGCUUGCGGAGGAGAUGGAUUCCCUGGUGAUCGUCAGCCAUGGGAAGGAUGGAGAUUCCCUGGGGAUGUUCCUGGGAUCCACCUGGGAACCGUGUCGGGGGAUGCCCUCGUCCGCGGUUCAUCCGGGAGGGCUGGUCCAAGGGCUGGUCCUUCAGUGGGUCUUGCCGGUCGCAAGGCACGAGCGGGCCUUCGUCACUUUUCGAUUGGAAGGGAUUCGGAGAAAAGAUGGAAGACAUUAUUCAUCGGCCAUAUCUCUGCCCAUUCUCAGCGGUAAGCGGAGCGCCGCCCGUCGUAGCAGCAGCAGGUGGAAGCUUUCCCACUCUCGAUGGAGGAUGGGACCUUCAUGCCCUCCCUUCCCUCUCAUGGCAUUCAUGCCCCCCAUGACCUCCCAUGCCAUUCAUGCUCCCCAUGACCUCCCGGUCGUCCAUGCCUCCCAUGUACCUCCUUGCAGUCGCAGCACGUCCUGA